GGUGUAAACGGGAUUUUCACUGUGAUCGUUGGCUAACUCAAGGCACCCGUUCGUGUUGCAAGUUGUAAAGUUAACAGUGUAGAACAAAAUUAUUCAUUUUUCGUUCUUAUUUUUGGUCCAUUUAUUUAUAAGCUGUACUCCAUUAUAAGGAAUUCAAGUGAAGAUUGAGGCGAUGGAGUGUAUUUUCGCAUCGCAUAAAAACACAAGAGCAAGUUGAAUAAAAAGGGAAUGAGUGUCGCUAGUAAGUGGGGGAGCUUAGAACGCUUCGUCUAUGGCAGAUCCAGCUAACACACUCGCUGCUGCCAGCACUAGCCGCCGCAAGCGUGUGCUGCCAACGCAGCCACGUUCAGAGGCAAAACGCCUCCGAACCUCGCAAGAAGAAAGUAUCUUUGAUAAGGGUGCAACUACUACCAAAAUACCGCAAAAGGUUAAAACUUCUAGAUCAGGACCUUCUCAAAACAAGAAAUCAGACCGAACCGAACACCUAUCUAGGUCAAAGUCACAAGGAGAAAUUCCCUCAACUUCCUCAUCAACUCUCAAGGAAAAGCUUUUACCAGUAUCAAAUUCGAAAUCCAAGAAACAAACCAAAAGUGAUCCUGAUCAAUCAACCAGAACAGAAAGUGAACCGAAACAGAAGAAAAAUUCUAGACAUACUUUAGAUAUUAACCAUAGACAAGAUCAUUUAGAACUAGGUUUAAGAAAUAACAACACGGAUCCUCCUAAUUCAUUAAGUAAUAGUUCCACGGACUUAAGUAAAACCACCAGGAAAUAUAGAAAAAGUUCUGGCGCUGCAGUUAAUCCGAAAGAAAAACAAACGGAAGAGAAACAUAAAUCCGCAAAGACUAAUAAUUUAAAUAAUUUUAAUCUAGAUACGAAUUUAAAAGAGAAAACGGAAAAGACCAAAAAAAGUGACAAGAAUAAAGGAAAUUUGAGUUGCAAUAUUAAACUUAACAUACCUCUUGAAGAUAGUCUAGCAGCCAGCACUUCUGCUUCUAAUUUAACUUAUCCACAAGUACACAAAUACCCUUUAAGAAGCCAUAGCAAAAUUUCACUAAACAGUUCAAUUCCGACUUUGGUUCGCGCUACCACUUCGCUCCCUUUAUCAAAAAAGACUUCACAGGAACGAGGAAAAAGAGAACUCUUAGCACUGGGGGCGAGUAGCAGCCAGCCCACCACAAGGGACAUCCAAGAGCCCUCUCGCCUCACACGCAGUGGAGCAGUGUUGAGGCGUAGCACACGAAGCAGCAAAGGGCACAGCUCAACAACGGGUUCGUGUGCAAGCUCAAGUGGCGCUAGUGGCAGCGGCAGCAGCUCGAGAAGGGCGGUGAGGCAGCAAAAGGUUGGGUCGGCAGCUCCGGCGCUCCUCUCGGCUCCUGCCACUCACGCUGCCGCAGCCAUGGCCGCUGAUCAACCGGAAAUGCCCAAUAACGGACUUUCGGCUUCCGAAGAACCCCCAUCUCCACAGGAAGCCACGCAAGCGGUGCCGGCCAGUGGCGGACCGUCAGGACCUGGCGCUGAUUCAGAAAGCGAUGACAGCGAGGUGGGAAGACUGCAGGCGCUACUGGAAGCCAGGGGCUUGCCGCCGCAUCUCUUUGGAGCUCUCGGACCCAGAAUGCAGCAAAUGUUACAUAGAAGUAUGGGAACUAACAGCUCAGUUGCAAGAGCUCAAGCCCUAAUACCCGGUCUGCAGGCCACUGGCGACGAAGGCCAACAGUUGCAAGCUGUAAUAGAAAUGUGCCAAGUUUUAGUAAUGGGAAAUGAAGAAAUAUUAACAGGCUUUCCUGUCAAACAAGUUGUUCCUGCUCUUAUAACUUUAUUAGGAAUGGAACACAAUUUUGAUAUUAUGAACCAUGCUUGUCGAGCGUUGACUUACAUGAUGGAAGCGUUGCCUAGGUCUUCAGCAGUAGUAGUGGAUGCAGUACCUGUAUUUUUAGAAAAAUUACAAGUGAUUCAGUGUAUGGACGUGGCGGAACAAUCUCUCACCGCACUUGAUAUGCUAUCGAGGCGACAUUCUAAAGCAAUACUUCAAGCUAGAGGAGUGUCAGCAUGCUUAAUGUACCUCGACUUCUUCUCCAUAAACGCCCAGCGUAACGCCUUAUCUAUCACUGCAAAUUGUUGUCUAAACUUAAAUUCCGAGGAAUUUCAAUACGUUCAAGAAUCGUUACCGCUUCUAGCUUCUCGACUUACCCAGCAAGACAAAAAAUGUGUCGAAAGCGUCUGUUUGGCAUUCUCGCGCCUCGUCGACAGUUUUCAAUUAGAACCGUCUCGUCUUCAAGAAAUUGCCAGCACGGAAUUGUUGACGAAUCUUCAACAAUUACUGGUGGUAACUCCUCCCAUUGUCAGUACUGGAACGUUUAUAACAGUCUUGAGGAUGUUAUCUGUGAUGUGCGCUAAUUGCCCCGAUCUUGCCUUGACUCUAUUGAAGCAGAAUAUAGCCGAAACUCUGGUUUAUUUAUUGACAGGAUCCGCCGAGCUCAGUCAGGAAGACGUCGAAUUGGUACCAAGACAACCACAAGAGCAAUUUGAAAUAACUGCUCUAAUAGGCGAACUAAUGCCCAAAUUACCUACAGAUGGUAUUUUCGCUGUAGACAGUCUUUUAGAGCGUCCAACUUCUAUUUCUAAAGAUCAGCCUGGUUGGCAAUGGAGAGACGAUCGAGGAUUGUGGCACCCGUAUGGAGCCGUAGAUAGUAGGAUAAUUGAGGCUGCACACUUGAAUAGCGACGAUGAAGUUAGUUUAAACACUUUAGGAAGAAUUUACACCAUAGAUUUUCAUUCGAUGCAACAAAUUAAUGAAGAUACUGGUACUUCUAGACCUGUUCAGAGACGGUUUACACCCACUAGUGUACAAGCUAGUCCAGUUGAGCCCACUCAGGCCCCUACUAGGCCUCUCAGUGCUAGUAGAGAUGCUAGGGUUGCUUGCCUUAGAGAAGAACGAGGAUUGGCAGCUGCUUUCAUUCGUUCUCUGUUCACUGUGCUCUAUGAAGUGUACUCAUCAAGUGCAGGUCCAGCUGUUAGAUUCAAAUGUCUUCGAGCUCUGUUAAGGAUGGUGUACUAUGCUAAUUCUGAAUUGUUACGGGACGUCUUGAAGAAUCAAGUGGUUAGUAGUCACAUUGCGGGUAUGAUGGCGUCUAGUGAUUUAAGGAUCGUAGUUGGAGCAUUGCAAAUGGCCGAAAUAUUAAUGAAUAAGUUACCAGAUGAGUUUGGCGUGCAUUUUAGAAGGGAAGGCGUCCUACAUCAAAUUAACAGACUGGCCGAUCCAGAGGUUCCUCUAGGAGUUAGUCCGCCUAAAACGAGCAGCAGUGCUACUUCAUUCACAUCGAGCAUGAAUGAAUCCCAACCGGGGACAUCGCAAUCAUCGGCUAACAGUACGUUACAAACCGCAAACGGUUCUGCCGUGUUAGGAACUACACCGGUUUCCUCUACACUGUAUACAUCUACACCUGACACUCAAAGAUUACAGGAUUCCGAAACGAGAUCACCUAGUCCUUCGCACGUACGACUUAGUGAUGUUUUGAAAAGAAAAAGAGUAGCGAAAAGAGCAGGAGGUUCGAGUAGGUCUAAAACUAGGCAUGAGGAGAUGCCUCUUUCACCUUCACUGAUGCAAGAUCUGUUCACUAAAGCUGCAUCUAUAGGAAAUUCUACUCCUAGUAAUUCAUCAAGACCUAGGUACUCAGGCUCAAGUUCAAAAACUAGUUUUUUACAAAGUUUAAAUCCAGCUCGAUGGGGAAGAAGUAUGAAUUCAUCACAUGACAGAAAUUACAGUAAAGAAUCUUUAAACAAUUUGUCAAAGUCUACAUCAAAUUCUCACAUUACAGCAGGCAAUAGAGAAAAAACCAGAUCUUGGAUUAGAGAGCAGGCUUCCAAAUUUAUAGACAUCUACUCUAGUACAGACGAUGAACCUCACCCUGCAACCACAGUCAUUACCCGUUUAAAACAAGCCAUAGAUAAACUGUCGACUACGUCGUGUCGCGAAGCCCUUCUUGAUCUACGAGAAAUCCUCAUGGAAUCGGACAUAUCGCCUUUCGAAGUUAACUAUUCGGGUCUCAUCAAGGCACUACUCUCUUAUUUGGCUGACAUAAACGGACCAUUUGACAGAGAACAAAGACUUAGAAUAUUAUUGAACGUUUUUGCGGGUUGUCCAAUCGAUAGCAAUGUGAAAGAUAUAGCUGUAUUGAAUUCUACUUGGAUGGGUGCGCUGGUCGCAAAACUCAACGGGUGCGUUUCCCAGUUGGAGCAAUUUCCAGUCAAGGUUCAUGAUCUGCCUGCCAGUUCGGGGGCUGGAAGAGGCGGUACUAGUGCUCUAAAGUUUUUCAAUACACACCAGUUAAAGUGCAAUCUUCAGAGACACCCAGAAUGUUCAAAUCUGAAACAAUGGAAGGGAGGUACAGUGAAAAUCGAUCCUUUAGCUUUAGUGCAAGCAAUAGAACGUUACUUAGUCGUAAGAGGAUACGGUAGACUCAGAGAUAAGGACAGCGCAGACAGCGAUGACGGCGACUCAGAUGACGAUAUAGAUGAUACCUUAGCUAGUGUGGUGAUAUCGCAAACUGGCGCCAGGCACAAGUUGCAAUUCCUUAUCGGCAACAAUGUGCUGCCUUAUAACAUGACUGUUUAUCAGGCUGUGAGACAAUUUAGUAACAAUGGGAACGACCAGAGUGAGACUGAUACUGAUAAUGAAACUCCUUUAGGUAAUGCCGGUAUUUGGGUCCAAACACAUGUAAUAUAUUAUCGGCCGUUGAAAGAAGAACCAUCGACAUCAUUAAAAAAUAGCAGCGGUGCUUCAUCAAGUCAUUCUAGUAGAAAAGGCAAAGGCUCGUCAGGAAAAAAUACUUCAAGACGUAGAGCCGAUGAUUUAUGGAAUGAAGGGGUAACGCCAGUUUCCCAAUCACCCCUAGAUCCAUUCCUGGUUACCCAAUUCCCUGAAACAGUUACCAUACAAGACGCCUCUUUGGAAGUGUUGUGCCUCCUUCGAAUUUUAAACUCUCUCAAUAUGUAUUGGACUUAUUUAUAUCCUAGUGUCGAAUAUAAAUACAUUUUACCACCUACAGAAUUUUUAAAUAGUAAAAUUGCCGCCAAGGCGAGCAGGCAAUUACAGGAUCCUCUAGUCAUUAUGACGGGUAAUUUACCUAACUGGUUGCAGCAAAUAGCGUCGGUGUGCCCUUUUUUGUUUCCAUUUGAAACCCGUCAGUUACUUUUUUACGCCACAUCGUUUGAUAGAGAUCGUGCCUUACAGAGAUUGCUCGAUAUGUCUCCAGAACUUAGUUCGAGCGAUUCUCAAGAACGAGUUACACCAAGACUAGAUAGAAGGAAACGGACUAUAUCUCGCGACGAUAUACUAAAACAAGCGGAACAAGUGAUGCAAGACUUGGCUUCCUCGAAGGCUUUACUAGAAGUGCAAUACGAAAAUGAAGUUGGCACCGGUCUAGGGCCGACCCUAGAAUUUUACGCUUUAGUUUCUAAGGAAUUACAAAAAACGAAUUUGGAGUUGUGGAACUCUCCGAGUUCCAGCGAUAGUGAAUACAUUAAUAAUCCAAUGGGAUUGUUCCCUAUACCGCUAUCGAGAGGGGCGAAAGUUAGUCAAAUAACGAAAGUUAAAAGCAAGUUCCGAUUUUUGGGAAAAUUUAUGGCUAAGGCUGUGAUGGAUUCUAGAAUGCUGGAUCUUCCAUUCUCUAUAACGUUCUACCGUUGGUUAUUAGGACAAGAGCACUGUUUAACUUUGUCUGAUCUUAGGCACGUUAAUCCUGAAUUGUACAAAACAUUGAGAAAGAUGCACUUUAUUGUUAAGGAAAGAGAUGAAAUUUUAUCUACUUCAGAUGUUGGUUUGGAACAAAAAUUGAUCGAGGUGGAAAAAUUAGAAUUCGAUGGUUGUCCAAUUGAAGAUCUGGGCAUCGAUUUUAUUAUACCCGGUCAUAACGUAGAACUAAUGAAAAGCGGCAAAUCAACUCACGUAACAAUUCAUAAUCUACACUUGUACGUUAAGUUGAUGACCCAUUGGAUUCUGUAUGAAGGUGUCGCUAGGCAAAUGGAAUCUUUAAGGGAAGGGUUCGAAUCUGUUUUUCCGCUGCACAAUCUAAAGGUAUUUCAACCGGAAGAGUUGGAAGCUGUAUUCUGCGGUAGCCCCAAAGAUUUUAUUGCGGGAUGGGAUGUGAAAACUUUGAUGGAAUGUUGUCGACCGGAUCAUGGAUAUACUGGCGAUUCGAGAGCUAUUAGAUUCCUGUUUGAUGUGCUUAGUUCUUAUGAUCGAGAAGAACAGAGAAUGUUUGUACAGUUUUUGACAGGCAGCCCAAGACUACCGGUAGGAGGUUUUAAGGCUCUAUCUCCACCAUUAACUGUAGUGCGAAAAACUUUAGAAACAAAUAUGAAUGCUGAUGAUUUCCUUCCAUCUGUGAUGACUUGUGUAAACUACCUCAAACUACCGGAUUAUUCUAGUAUCGAAGUGAUGAGAGAAAAGUUACGAUUAGCAGCUUCUGAAGGACAACAUUCUUUUUACCUUUCAUAGAUCGGAAAGGUUUUUAUUUGUAUCAAACAAAAGAUCGAAAAUGUAAAAAUAUCAUAUACGAUUGAAUUAAUCUAAAUAUUGUAAUUAACUCUCACUUAGUGGGGUAAUGUCUCAAUUUUUUAUUAUAAUGCUGUAUAAUUUAUUCUUGAAAGAAUUUAAUCAUUUAUUUCUCAUUUGUGUUUUUUUAUUUUACAUGGCGCGUAAUAUAAGAACACAGUAAAAUAAUUUUUGUUUUGUUUAUGAUGAUGGAGUAUUUGACUGAUGCGUGCAAUGGACACAAGUGUAUAAGUGAUACAGUGUCGCAACGAACAAUUUUAUGAAUUGCUAACCUUUGCAUUAUUGCCAAAUGUAUAGUUUGCUGAGCCGAAAAACUAGGCACAGUUAUUAUAUUGAAAUAACAAAAUUGUAGUUUUAAUUUAAAAUUAUGUUUCAAUAAAUUUGUAUACAUAAUAUUUUAAUGUUUUUGUUUUUAAUUCCA